UUCAACAACCAAACUCACUUUUUUUCUUGUCUCAUAAUUUUCUUCCCUCCCUCUUCUACCGCGGAAAUAACAAUGAUUCUUCUCCCCCUGUCUUCGUCUUUAAGUUUCCAAUUCAUGCCUCUCUCCAUGCCCUUUUUCUUUCUCGAACAAGCCUAGUAUUUGGCUUCUCCCUCUGUAAUCCAAAUACGUCCAGAGACCUUAAAAUCCAACAGCAGAGCGGAGACGAUGAUGAUGAUGAUGGAGAGCCCCAGCAGGUAUGGAGUGGUGGCCGUCUUUGCCGUAUCAGGAAGCAUAGCUUUCUUGGUUCACCACCUCCAAAAGCGCUUGCUGUCUGACUUCAUGAGGAAGUUGGAGUUCCAAAUCUCUGGUAAUUGUGAGAAGGGACAAGGGAAGAAGAAGAAGGUGCGGUUCGCAGAGAAAGUGAUAGAAGUUGCAGCGGAGGUGAAAGAGGAGGAGAAGGGUCGUAAAUUAGAGGACGUAAUGCCUCCCAAUAGGGCAGCACUUUAUAGAGGGAUUAUUAAGCAUAGGACCUUCCAUGCCCAACUCCGUUUCUGACUUUAUUGUUGUUUAGAGUUUAAACCUAGCAUCUUCAUCUGCUUCUCAGUUUUUACCAACUGAAUCUGUAAUUUUGUCUUCCUUUUUUUUUUCAUUUUUAUUUUACUUAUCCCUUCAUUUGAGUUUUGAGGUGCUUUGUAUUAGUCAUGGAUGGCUUGUAUUUAUUAACUAGACAGUUCAUUGUA